AUGUCCAUCAUCAGCAACGUCGUCGUCGCCGACACCGUCAUCGACACCGACACCGACACCUUCGCCUGGCUGGUCCCCACGGCAUCCUCCUCCACCGCCCAGCGCGCCCUCCUCCUCCCCUCCAACGCAGGCCUCGUCCUGCGCGGCGCCUCCAUCCCCGCGCACCUCGCCGCGCACCUCCUCCCCCACGCAUCCCUCAACAACAACGACAAUAAGCCGCUCGACGGCAGCGCCCUCACCGCCGCCGCCGUGGUGCGCCUCUCCUUCUCGCAGACGACCAAGCAACCCGGCUGCUUCACCAUCGGCACCGACCCAUCCGCAUGCGACAUCGUCCUCCCCGCGUAUCCCCUCCCUCACCAAUCUUCUUCCUUUUUAACUCCUCACGCGUCCCUGUCGUCGUCGUCGUCGUCUGAUGUUGGCGAGUCUGUGAGUGGUAGCAGCGCACCCUUCAUCUCGCGCCAGCACUGCGCCCUCACCUUCGACGACGCCGCCCGCCUCGUGCUGCACGACUUUUCCGCCCGCGGCACCGCCGUCUGGUUCGGCUGGGAGUCGGCCGGCGACAUGGUCGACCACACGUGGGUCCUCGGCGGUCCGCCGGCCUCUACCUCGUCUGACCCGGACCCGGACCUCGAUCCUGAGUCGGCUGCUGCUGCUGCUCCGCCCGCCAUGCCGACGCGCAUCGUCAUCGACAUCCAAGGCGCACGCUUCCAGCUCAUCCCCAACGUCCCCCUCGCCGCCUCCGACCCAGCCGCCUACCGCGCCAAAGUCGAAUCCUUCUGCGCGCCGCAGUCCCAGCCGCCCGCGUCAGUCCCCCAGUGCCCGCCGCCCGAUCCCCUCGCGAGCAGCAUGCCGUGGCUCGUCGACGAUCCCGCCCUCGCGGCCGCUGACUGGGUCCGCAAGUCCCUGCUGUCCGGGUCCCCGCCGCGCGUCUUCAAGCACGUCGUCGUCAAGGCCCACGAUCCCGUCGCCGUGCAGGAGGUGUAUCUCUGGAACGUGGCCCGGCCGUGGGAGCCCAUGGUGCGGGCCUCGGCGUGA